AUGUUCGAGAGCACAAAAUGUUUACAAAAGAAUAAAUUGGAAAUACAGUUUGUUGGUGAAGAUGGACUUGACUAUGGUGGGUUAACACGCGAAUUCUUCUUUCUUCUUUCUCGGGAAUUGUUUAAUCCGGUCUGUGGCUUAUUCGAGUACUCCGCAAAUGAUACUUACACUAUUCAAGUUAGUCCCAAAUCAACAUACGUUGAUCAUUGGCAAGACUGGUUUAGAUUUUGUGGUCGUGUUAUUGGUAUGGCAAUUGUCCAUCGAUACCUACUCGAUGUUUUUUUCGCCAGACCAUUUUACAAAGCCUUGCUUGAAAGACCUUGUAAUAUUGGUGAUUUGGAAUUUGUGGAUGAACAAUAUCACCGCAGCAUAACUUGGAUUAUGGAUAAUGAAAUUACGGACGAUCUUGCCGUACCAUUUUGUAUAUCGUAUGAUGUUUUUGGAGAAAAAAGAGAAUAUGAACUGAAACCCAAUGGAAGAAAUAUUUAUGUAACCGAGAGUGACAAAAAGGAAUAUGUAGAGCUAUUCUUGAAGUGGAGACUUGAACAAAGUAUCUCUGAACAAAUUAAACCAAUCCUUAAAGGAUUUCGUGAUAUUAUUGGUCCGGAAAUGUUAUCUACUUUUGAUGCGAACGAAUUGGAAUUGUUAAUAUGUGGUACCCAUGACAUUGAUGUAGACGACUGGAUAAAAAACACUGAGUAUCGUUCAGGCUAUUCAGAAGAUCACCAAGUAAUUGUUUGGUUUUGGGAAGCUGUUAGAAUUAUGAGUAAUGAAAAAAGACUGCGCUUACUUCAGUUUAUCACUGGAACCUCAAGCUUGCCUGUAGAAGGUUUUGCUGCUCUUCGUGGUAGUAGUGGUCUGCGAAAGUUUUGUAUUGAUAAACUUAGUUCUACUGACAAGCUACCUCGAGCGCAUACCUGUUUUAAUCGACUCGAUUUGCCUGCUUACCCGUCUUACAAAGUAUUGUACAAAAAGUUAGUUCUUGCAAUUGAAGAAACGGAUAAUUUUGGUAUCGAAUAA